AUGUCUCGAACUCGUCAGCCAGUGAAUCUCCAGCCCCAAUCUACAACAGAAACCUCCCGUGAAUCAUCCACCCUUCGACUCACAGGCACCCUCCGAUUAAGAGCCGAAGACACACCUGACACCACCGCCGAACCAUCCCCAUCUCGCCGCAUUCGAUGGAGCGAAGACGUCGUGGACAAUGAAGGCAUGGGCAAGAAAAGCUCUAAGGUUUGCUGCAUCUACCACAAAGCCCGACCCGUCGGCGAAAGCAGUUCUGAAGAGUCCUCCUCCAGCUCCUCCGACUCAGAUAGCGAAAGCGACACCGAUCGCCGAAACCACAUGGCCCGCCAUGCCCAUGCACGAGGACGCAGGCCGUCGGGCGAGAAUCAGGCUGACCAGUCUGCCGAUGCAGCAGCCACAGAGGGAUGUUGUUCCGAUAAUCACCAUCCUCAGAAGAUCAAGCGCAGACGGAGGAAGCCCAGUCCGAAUGCGUAUGAGAAGAUGCCCAAGCCGUCGAAGAGUCAGCCGCGGGGUUCCUGA